AUGGUGCUCAACCAUUCCUUCAGAAAACAUUUGAACCUAAAAGAUCCUUAUCAGCGAAAAGUUUCCACACACCCUUCAGAUCUUUCAGAUGAAAUUAUAAUUGGAGAAUUUGUAUCCAUGACACUUGGUAAUUAUAGCGAACAGAAGUUUACGGAACAUCCACUUUCUUCACCAACACAAGCUUAUCUAAUCCCUAAAAACUACCAGCAUGUCCUUGCUUUUGUUUUUGCCAUUAAAGAAAUCAAUAAGAAUCCCAAUCUAUUACCCAACAACACAUUAGCGUCCCAGAUUUAUGACAAUGCAUACAAUUCAUGGAGAACCACUUGGACCACUUUCAAUCUUCUCUUUCUAAGAAAAGGGGAUCCACUCAAUUAUUACUGUAUCACUGAAAAGGAAGGCAUGGCCAACAUUGGGGGACUCACCUCUGAAAAUUCUAUUCACAUGGCCAACAUCUUAAGUACUUACAAGAUUCCUCAGGUUAGUUAUGGCUCCUUUGACCCCAUAUUAAGAAAGAAAAUUGGUUUUUCUUCUUUCUACCGAAUGAUUCCCAAUGAAGCUUUUCAAUACAUGGGGAUAGUUCAACUUCUGAAAUAUUUUGGAUGGAAUUGGCUUAAUUCAUUUUUGAGACAAGUCCACUUUAACAAUAACAUUGGAGAUGAAAUAUUUCUCGAUGAAGAGAGGGAUUUAGCGAUAGGCUAUGACCUCAUCAAUUUGGUGACAUUUCCCAAUGAAUCUUUCCAGAGAGUCCAAGUUGGAAGAAUCGAUCCCAGUUUUCAACUUGGAAAAGAAUUCAUCAUUAAUGCAAGUGCCGUUAUGUGGAAUCCCACAUUUCAUCAGAUGGUGCCAAAAUCUACCUGUGUUGAGAGCUGCCAUCCUGGACAAAGCAAACUAAUUCAGCAGGGGAAACAAAUCUGUUGUUAUGAUUGCAUUCCGUGUGCUUCAGGGAGGAUCUCAACACAAAUGGAUGCAGAUGAAUGUGAGUCUUGCCAAGAAGAACAGUAUCCUAACACAAAUCAACAAGAAUGCGUUCCCAAAGUAAUGACUUACCUGUCCUAUAAAGAUGGCCUGGCAACAGCUCUGACAUCUUUGGCACAUUUUCUUUCUCUGACCACACUUAUUGUGAUGGCAAUCUUCAGGUUACACUCGAACACUCCCAUUGUGAAAGCCAACAAUUGGAGCAUCACAUGUAUCCUGCUCACCUCUCUGCUGCUAUGUUUUCUUUGCUCCCUCUUCUUCAUAGGAAGAACUAGCAAGGAAACCUGCCUUUUAAGGCAGACUGUGUUUGGUAUCACCUUCUCUGUUGCUGUUUCCUGUGUACUGGCCAAAACGAUCACUGUGGUUCUGGCUUUUGUGGCUACAAAACCAGGGAACAAGAUGAGGAAAUGGAUGGGAAAGAGGCUAGCAAUCUUGGUUAUUGUGCCUUGUUCUUUGGUUCAGAUUGCCAUCUGUGCUGUUUGGUUAGUGAACAAGCCCCCUUUUCCAGAAUUAGAGAAGCAUUCCCAAGUGCGUGAGAUCUUAGUGAAAUGCAACGAAGGCUCAGAGAUGAUGUUUUACAUUGUGUUGGGCUAUAUGGGUCUUCUGGCCAUUGUCAGCUUCACAGUGGCUUUCUUUGCCAGGAAAUUGCCUGACAGUUUCAAUGAAGCCAAGUUCAUCACUUUUAGCAUGUUGGUAUUUUGCAGUGUUUGGAUUUCCUUCAUCCCCACCUACUUGAGCACUAAGGGCAAAUUGAUGGUAGCCGUGGAGAUUUUCUCCAUCUUAACCUCUGCUUUUGGUUUAUUGAGUUGUAUUUUCCUUCCCAAAUGCUAUAUUAUUAUAAUACAUCCUGAAUUAAAUAAAAAGGAGCAAAUGUGUCAUAUGCACCUGCCUUCUCACAAGUCCUCUGCUGAUGGAACUGCUUUUGAACAUAGGCUUAACACAUUUCUUGAAUUGGAGAUUGACUCAGAGGCCUGGGGUUUGAAACAAGCAUUUAGUCAAGUAGCCAAGAAGGGCCAGACAGCUUCCAUUCCUCUGGAGUCACCUGAUAGGAUGAGCGAUGAAGCAUGUCAGUUUUUUUUCUUCAAUAAAACUGCCAGUGUUUGUUGUAUUUUCAAAGAAACGAUUGCCAUCUGUGCUGUUUGGUUAGUGAACAAGCCCCCUUUUCCAGAAUUAGAGAAGCAUUCCCAAGUGCGUGAGAUCUUAGUGAAAUGCAACGAAGGCUCAGAGAUGAUGUUUUACAUUGUGUUGGGCUAUAUGGGUCUUCUGGCCAGAAAUUGUGGGUGA